AUGUCGGAGCGCAAGCACAGCCCCGAUGAUCCUCGAGGCGACUUCGAUUCUAUCAUUUCACGCUCGAAUAGAGACCGGCAUAGAGAUCGAGAUCGUCGAUCCUCUUCUGCCCGCAGUGUCAGUAUCAGCGUGAGUUCGAUCGCCAGCGGCAGCACGGCUUCAAGUAGGACCCCCGCCUUGUCGCAAAAACAACCCAAAAAGCAAAAGCAGCCGAGCGUCAUCGUCACCGCCAUGUCGUCUUCGCCCGCCAUGCCGGCCUUGUCUAGCGCAUCGUCCCCAUCAAUCUCAUCAGUGGAUACCAGGCCCGGGACUGGCGUUGAAUCCCCACAUGGGGAUAUCAGCCCAGAUGGGAUCUACGUUCUUGGUGGCAUGACACCGUUAAUCACCACCGACAGUCCCCCAGAGCCCGCUCUAUCGCGUGCCUCGCUCUCGUCCUGGGAUACCACCGCAGCCUCUAUAUCAUCCGCGACGCCGUCAAUACCCAUAUCUCUAACAGCCAGCACAGAGCAGCGCACAUACGCAUGUCUCUUCCAUAUGCUGGACUGCCAUGAGUCCUUUGACGACGGCACCGAGUGGCGCACCCACGUCUUCAGCCACUUUCGCUCCCACCCGACCCCACCGUCAGCGCGGUGUCCGCUGUGUCCGAAUACAAAAUUUGUCGACGGCAUAUCGGACCCCGUGUCGUCGCCAGUUCUCGAGGAUGCCGAAUCGGCCCACUCUAUCGAUGGCAUUGUCCGAACCCCGCUGACAGAUUUCCCCUCCGCAUGGGAUCGUAUGCUCGACCAUGUCGAUGUGGACCACUACUGUCUUGGCCAGACCCUUGCAGGUAGCCGGCCGGAUUUCGAGCUUAUGCGGUAUCUUUAUGGCAUGCGGGUUAUCACCGAUGCCCAGUUUAAGGCUAUGCAGUUGCCGCCCGCGCCGUCGAGUCCGGCCUAUCAUCGCUCACAGGAUGGUGUUAGGGCUAGUAUUGGCUCUGCUGAUGAGCCGUACUAUGCGCCAUAUAGUAAACGGCGGGAGGAGAGGAUGAGGGGACAGCAGAGAGGUGUCGGGGUUUUGUAG